UAAAAAACAGCCAAAGCGGGCCGUUCGAGUCCGCUUUUACCUCGUCUCUCGUUUUUAAAGCCGAAUUUGCCGAGAAAUGGGCGCCACCGAGGAGAAAAAUGACGAGGCGAGCGUGCCUCUGUCGAGCGAGGAGCCUGCGAAGAAGGAGGCGUCGAGCACGACCAAGUGCAGGGUGGUCGGGGUGCUCGGCAGCUUCAAGUGGCUGUCGCUUUGCGGCGAUGCCCCCCUCAUCACCGAGAAGAUGGACCACGCCGUCGAAGAGUCCAAGACCAGGGUCCGGCGCGCCUUCAGCUACCUGCUGCACUUCCUCGACAUCACCGGAAGGAACUUUGGACAGAUCUGCUUUGCCAACAACCCGAUCUCUGGCUUUCUGAUUUUGGCGGGUCUGGCCGUCGGAAACCUCACGGUUGCGAUUUGCGGACUCAUCGCCUCAACUGUUGGCAUACUUUUCUCUAUGCUGAUGAAACAGCCGUGCAGCUCGAUCCGCGCCGGCCUCUGCUGCUACAACGCCGCGCUGUUCGGCGCCGUGCUGCCCGCGCUCCUCCUCGGCCCCAAUCCUGUCGCUGAGGAAGUCGAGGUCUUCAUCGCCGUGCUCAUCGGAUCUGUUUUCACGGUGAUGAUCACGGUGUCGGUGGCGAACAGCUUGUCAUCCCUGAAGCCGGCCAUCCCUCUGUUCACGCUGCCCUUCAACCUGGUCGCCCUGUUCGCCAUCUUGGUGCUCAGGGUGCACCAGCCGCUGCAGCUCCCCGCAAAGGUUCCGCCUCCUGAGUUCGAUUGGACACACCGCUUCUUCGGCGGCGGUUCGACCAGCAGUGGGGCCGGUACCGACACUGCCAGGCACUUAACUCAACUUGUGGAAGGCAGUUUCCUGGGCGCGGGCCAAGUGUUCGCCGUGCAGGACCUCUACUGCUCCGGACUGGUGCUCUUUGGACUGCUCAUCUGCUCGCCUGUCCUCGCCGUCGCAGGAUUUUUCGGAUCUGUCGUUGGAACCUUCCUGGGUGCCGCCGUGAGCCCAAAUCUGUGGAAUGACGCGUACGCCGGCGUGCUGGGCUACAACGCUUUCCUGGCCUCGUGCGCCGUCUGCUUUUUCUACGUGCCGACCUGGCGCAGCGCACUCGUCGCCUUACUCAACGCUGCCCUCACCCUCUUCGUCCAGGUUGCUCUCGGAUGGGCCUUCGCCGACAGCGGGCUGCCAGUGCUGACGCUGCCGUUCGUGGCCGCGUCUCUGAUCGUGCUGGGAAUGACGGCCGAAAAGCAAGCCCUGCCACGCGCCGAGGCGCCGCUGACGUUCCCCGAGCAGCACCGCGCCAAGUGGCUGCAGGAGGCGCGCCGCGACAGCAUCGAGUCAACCGACACCAACACCCACCCCACUCACCCUUGAAGAAAAUCUCUUGAAUUAUGCAGGGAGAAAAGUUUAGUCUUAUAAGCGAAUCACAAAAAUAAAUAAAAAAGUAAGAAUAGAAGCUGCCAAAGGAAUGAAAGGCGUGGUUAAUUUAGAAAUGAUGUACAAAUCAAAUAAUAUACACAAGUGUUUGCAUGUUUGGUGUCAAUUUUAUGCCCGACCAUUGUGACCAUUUCUAAUUUGUAAUUUUGUACGACGGAAUAGCACGAAAAUGGAGAUAUUUUAUAAUAAGAGUAUUAUUGCUGUAGUACAAAUAAAGAAAGCCCAGUAUUUUCUUGUACCAUAA